AUGUCGCUCGCUAUGAAGAAGAUCAGGCGUCAAGAAAGGCAAAUUUCACGAAGUGGAUUGACUAUUAUCAAGGCAGUAGUCGUUCAUCAAGAAAAGAGAGACCAGCUUUUACCAAAGAAUGAAGUUCAAGAACAUGAAGAAGGAAUCCCGGACGCAGCAGAUUUAACCAGAAAACUGCAGGAAGCCAACGCUGAAAUGAAAAUGGCUCUUUCGCGGCAAAAAGAGAAGAUCAAGAAGAUGCGAAAGUCUUACGAAAGGCUGGAACAAGCAAAUUUAGAGUUUGCGAAAUGGGCGGACGAAAAAACAGUGGAACUCAGGAAGGAAAACCUCGCGCUUAUUGAAGAAAAUAAUGAACUUACUCAAAAAUGUGAUUCACUCGAAAGCCUUCUGGAAGAUCGAGAAGUAUCUAUCAGAAAUCUUCAAAAAAACUCUAAUGAUGAUUCUCAGAUCAUGGCAGCGUUGAAGAGACUGAUGGCAGAGCAUCGGCAGCUUAUGCGCAAUCCUCCUGAAGCUCUUGUGGCGGGUCCAAAGACAGAUGACAACUACUUCGAGUGGGAUGCCUUGAUUAUGGGACCAGAAGCAACCCCUUUUGAAUUUGGCGUUUUUAAGUGCAGCCUUACAUUCCCAAAGGACUAUCCAAUGUCUCCGCCUAAAAUGCGAUUCUUGUCCGAUAUAUUUCACCCGAAUAUUUACGCAGAUGGCCGUGUUUGUAUUUCAAUUCUCCAUCCUCCCGGAGAUGAUCCAAUGGGUUACGAAUCAGCAAUAGAGCGGUGGAGCCCAGUGCAGAAUGUCGAAAAGAUCUUGAUUUCUGUCAUGUCAAUGCUAGCCGAGCCUAACUGCGAAUCAGCUGCCAAUGUUGACGCCGCCAAACUGUGGCGAGAUAAUCGCGAGCAAUUUCUUCUCCGCGCCAAAUGUUCUGUCAAAGCAUCUCUAAAUCUCUAA